CACUCGUCACAUCAAAACAUGGCGGCGGAUCACAAUGCCUACUCUCCCAGUUCAAGAGCACCGUCUACCUUUCAUCAAAGAAGCCAUUCUCGGUCAGCUUCAUGGUCAUACACUUCAGGGAAUGGACAAAUCACUCUCGCGCCUUUGAACCCAAUCAGGUCUGUUAUUCGAGAGUUUGUACCCAGUUUCGGUCAUCGCAGUCCAGGAUCUCGAUCGUCUGCUAGUUCACCCCUCUCUCCUCUGUCUCCCUCAUCUUACGUGAACAUAGCAGAGGUUCUUAGAGACGCGAAUGAUGAAGAAGACACAGGAACGAACAGGAUGUCCAAUUUCACCGCUGUUAACAUAAAUUCUGGCAAUUCGAGUGAAGCAGACGCUGAACAUGGCGAUGCAAACAUGGCGCCGGGAAACUCCAAUUCUUCUGGUAACGGCAGUGGCCGUGCUGCAGGCGACAGAGUAGAAUUUCAAGGAACAAUUUCGUGGUUGGAAAAAAGCCUUCCGUUUGUGCUUUUACUUCUGAGUAGAAUCAUGUGGGAUCAUCGACUAGGUAUUCUGGUGUUCAUCGGCUUAUGUGGGACAUUUCUUCAUGCCAAUAGCACUGUCAAAAGACAAGUGUCUUUGAAGGACAGACGACUAAACCGUAUAUCAUUGUGGACUUUCGUUUUCCUGUCCGGAAAUGUGUUCUUUAUUUAUUAUGUUUUCUACAACCAACACUUAGAGAACUGUUUAAUUUUUAGGAAGCCUUUCUUCAGUAGGAUGGAUGUGUGGACAGUGUUUUGGUGUGUGGGUAUAACAGAUUUUGUGAUUCGAUUUAUUACGAUGGCAUUGAAAUCCAUGGUUGUUGUUCAACACAGAAAGAUCAUCCCAUUUCGUCGAAGGGGAAAGUACUACCUGUUGAUAGAAAAUUUCUCGCAUUUGUACCGCAUGCUGGUACCCAUUCCACUGUGGUUUGCCUUUUUCACGGAAUACAAUUAUGGAGGCGAAUACUUUGCUGUCAUAGCAACAACAGUGUACUUGCUACUUAAGGCUCGUAUGAUUGUCAACAAAAUUCAAGAAGUGUAUGCUGCUUGCAAAGUUUUUGGUCACGAUGUGCAAUAUGGUUCACCCCCCACUAAAGAAGAAACGGUUGAGGCAGGAAACUCGUGUCCAAUUUGUCAGGAAGAACUAAAGGAUCCUAUCAAGCUCCGUGCAUGCAAGCACAUAUUCUGUGAGGAUUGCAUAUCCCUUUGGUUUGACCGAGAGCGUACCUGCCCUAUGUGCCGAGCCAAGGUGGUGGCAGACCCUACCUGGAGAGACGGCAGCACGGCCACAUACGUCAUACUCUUUUGAAACGAAUUUCAAUCACUGAAACAUUGCCUUGGGAUGGCUCCUGUCCCUUCUGGAUGAAGCGUAAAUGGAAAUGCCUAUAGCUUUUAGACAACAGCUUUCAGGCCACCAAAAUAGCUCUUACCCCGAAGACAGUGAGGCUGGCGUCAACUGGGAUGCCAAUAAUGAUUGUUUUCAAACAGUUUUCUUUUUGCUUAGAUCAUGUUGUUACAAACUGAUCAUGUUGUUACAGACUGAUCAUGUUGUUACAAACUGAUCAUGUUGUUACAAACUGGUCAUGUUGUUACAAACUGAUCAUGUUGUUACAAACUGAUCAUGUCGUUACAAACUGAUCAUGUCGUUACAAACUGAUCAUGUCGUUACAAACUGAUCAUGUCGUUACAAACUGAUCAUGUCGUUACAAACUGAUCAUGUCGUUACAAACUGAUCAUGUCGUUACAAACUGAUCAUGUCGUUACAAACUGAUCAUGUCGUUACAAACUGAUCAUGUCGUUACAAACUGAUCAUGUCGUUACAAACUGAUCAUGUCGUUACAAACUGAUCAUGUCGUUACAAACUGAUCAUGUCGUUACAAACUGAUCAUGUCGUUACAAACUGAUCAUGUCGUUACAAACUGAUCAUGUCGUUACAAACUGAUCAU